CCCUUUAAGAAGAGACUCUUUCUCUUUUGCAUACUACACUCACAUUCACAUAUUUUCACAUUAUUAUUACUGAAUCUUUAUUAUAGCUAAGCUUAUUUGUAUGCAUAUAUGUAAUGGCAACAUUACCUCAAGACUCCUCCAUGGAAGGUGUUCCGGGUACACCUGGAAUCCGGGAGGUGAGGCCCGAGUCUAGCUCCGAGGAUUUCAAGUUUUGCACUGUCUCGAGUAGGGACUCAAACCCUGGAAUUCGGAGGGUGGGUUUGCGAGCUGAGAUCGAUACAUCACCGCCUUUCGAGUCUGUUAAGGAGGCUGUGACCCGGUUCGGUGGCAGUGGCCCUUGGGUGCCAUUGUACAAGUUUGGAGAGGCUUAUCAUGGAAUUGAAGAAUUUGACAUAAAGAAAGUUGAAGAACAAGCAGCAGAGUUGGAGAAAGAUUUGAUAGUGAAAGAAUUGGAGACCCUUGAUGUGCUUGAAGAAUUAGGGACUACAAAAAGGAUUGUGGAAGAUUUAAAGAAACAACUCAAAGAUGAAGCUUUGAAAUGCAUGACCAAAACUCCACACUUGAAUCCAGAUGAACACAUGAGCACUGUGAACAAUGAGCAUCAUGAACAUGUCAGAAUCGGGAGUUCGAGACCUUACCACCGUCGCCGCCCGGUUUCGUCUCCAGAUUCGGUCUUGAUGGAAUUGAAGCAGGCAAAGUUGAACCUUGGUGAAACUAUCAAUGAUCUUGGGAAUAUUGUUGAUCCUUCAACAACAACUGAAGGUCCAAGAGCAGUGUCAGUGCUUGAAACAACUGGUGAAAUGAGGUGGUUUGCAGCUAAGAAAAUGGAGGAAGCAGCCAUGGCAGCUGAGGCUCUUGCACUUGUUGAACUCAAUGCACUUGCUGGAACAAAGGGUUCGUCCGGAUUUUCCUUCCCGGAGCCGGAGUCGAAGCCGGAACAAUCUCCUCGAACUCCGAAAGUACUACAAAAGGCAGCAGAAGAGGUUUCUAACAGGGAAAUGAUUCAUUCAAUGCAUGAAUUUGAUGAAGCAAACAAUAUUUCUCAACUUACAAUCUUGAGAAAGCUUGAAGAAGCUUCAAAUGCAAUGAAAAAAAGUAAAAAAGCAUUGGAAGAGGCUCUAAAAAGUGUUGAAAUCGCAAACAAGAAGCAGCUGGAUGCUGAAGAAUCUCUCAGGAAAUGGAACAAACAGGUGGUCUACAAUGGUUCAAAUAUCAACAAUCUUCAAAGAUCUCCAUUAAAGGAUGUGAUGAUGAACAAGCAAAACCCAAAGCCUGUUCCAAGGCCAACAGUGUCAAUGAGGGAUAUGUUGAAAAAGGCUAAUGAAGGCCAAACUGAAAGACAAAAAGUAGCUUUGAGCCAAAUGCUAGAUGAACUAAAGCAAGAUUUGAGAUUUCAUCCAAAAACAGCAGCUGGUGAUCAUGAUAAAAAACAUCAUGGUGAUGAUCAUCGAAAACAGGUGUUCACACAAAGGAGAAGAUUUGGGUUCAUCCACAUAUCACUCCCAUUAUCAAAGCAAAGCAAAAAGAAACCACAAGCUUUGAACACAAUGUGAUUAUACAAUAAAAUAGGUUUGUUUCAUUGGUUUGUGUUUGUUUUUUGAGUGGAUUAAUUUAUGAUGGUGUUUGGCAUCUAUGAAAUCUGAACGCUUGUUGCAGAAGGUGUUUUAUAAUUUGGAUUUCUGUAAUAAAAUGGCAUUGAAAUGGUUAUGGUCCAAA